GGCGGUGCCAGCUUGAACGGGAAAAACAGAAAUAGUUACGUACAAAAUUUUUCAUUUAGGGAGUUCUUGUAUUAUCCUGUACUAGAAGGCGUAGGCGCGACAGCGACUUUAUGGCGUGAUGUUGCCAAGAGCAAGUGCAAGAACUAAGCAGCUUCUCGCGCUAGUCUCCGUUUUUUUCUAGAUCGGUUUAUUUGACUUUUUCUUUUUCGCACUUAACCUUAUUUAUCAGAAUCUGAUUUGCCGGCUUUUCUUUUCCGAAAGUAUCCGCACACGAAGAUCCCAAUCUGCGGCAAAAAUCUCACUUCAAUAAUGGACCCACAGCUGCUGGAAUACCGCCGGCUGCAAGCGCAGCGGCACGCGACUUCUCGGCCAGGACAACUCCUGUCCUCUUCAACAGCAGGCACAGCAUCAGCAUCAGCAAGCAACCACCAGGCGACUUCUAGUAGUACGGCAAAUAAAACCUCGACGACAACAACGUCCACGACUCCCGCGGACGAAGUCGCGGUUCCUAGAACCGCCUUGGAUAUCUUCAGGGACGCGGAGGCACCGAGAAACACGAUUCGCGUGUUGACCUGGAAUAUUGAUGGGUUGGAUACGGAAAAUAACGAUGUGAUUCACCGCACAGUGGAAGGAGUGGUUUCCACGAUCGUUGACAAGGCGCCCUCGAUAUCCUGAGCAACAACGUCCCCACGACCCCAGAGUCAAGAUGGGGAUUUUGCAACACAAGACUAGAAGUUUUCAGAGUCACGCAUGACAAGUUGCUGUCCAUAGUGUAGUAGUGCAGGUUAGCAAUGGGGCAGCCGCAUUACAAAUCCAUGUGCUUAUCUUGUUUACAGCAUUACAAAUUCCAAAACUCGAUCUGUCAUUGCAAAUCUGCAUGACAGCUCUGGGUUGGGGACGUUUUUACUCAGAAUACUCGAUCGUGCUGCUGCAGGAGGUGAUAGAGCCGACUUUGAAAACGAUCCAAAGGUUUCUUUUCCCAAUCUACGAGAUCUACGCCCCGGCCACCCCAAAAAUGCCCUACUUCUCCGCAAUAUUACUGCAGAAGGGACGGUAUCAAAUGCAAAACUAUCGUACUCGUAGUAAUCGCAGUCAUGCAUUACAAAUCCUCAUCCCACGGAACAUCAGCAUGACAAACUCCAUUUGUGAUGCUGACCGAAUUUGUAAUGCGAUUUCUACUACUACGAUGCUUUUGCAAUGCAUAGACGGGUGAAGCAGCUCGGGAAAGAAGUAAAUGGGAAGCAGGAAAUUUCUGCCCUCAUUCCGCAAAGCGCAGCCAGCGACAGGGUCCUGAAGCGGUUGGAUUUUGCCACGAGCCGAAUGGUAUCCUGUGCAAAAGUAUCGUACUCGUAUAAAUGCAUUAGCUCAGCAUGAGAAACAAAAUUUGUAAUGGUGAUUGACCUGAACAAAAAGAUUUGUAAAUGCAUGAUUGCAAUACGAGUGAUGAUUUUUUCUUUUUUUUUUUUCUAGUCUGCGAAACAGUAAAACGAAGUGCGUAUCCCGUGCUGUUGUCGUAGAUGCUUUCUUUGCUGGUGCUAUCCUAUCUACCAGAGCGUCGGUUCGUACGUUUGUGCCACUGGUCGUGUGAUUUGCUUUCCAGGAGCCCGAUCGCAAAUUCGUACGCUCCUCUCAUUCCGUUGCCGAAAUCUGAUCUUCCCUCUGCCCCCCCUUGCAUACGCCCCUGUAGGAUUGAGGCGCUACCCCUUUAUCUUUCUUUUUUCGUCUAAGUCUGAUGUCUGCCUACUGCUCGCUCCUUUGCCCUCUUUUGCAUGCUCCCCCGUAGGUUUAGGUCUCUACCCCUUUACUUUUCUUCUUUGGUCCUCUAAGCCUGUUCUGCUGCUGUGACCUUUGUAGCGCUAGUCUGCGGAUCCCGCAAACUCGCAGGGGCCUUGUUUUUUCCGCCUAGCCAGCGGGUUUGUCAGGGUGGGGGGGGCGGACGCGACAGUGCCGUGGAGGUGUCGCACUUGUUCAUCAGCACCACUGCGGAGUUUUUGGCGCGGCCGUGCGGUGGUUCCGGCGAAGUGAUUGCUCUACCCGGAAGGAAGAAAAAAAAAUAGUUCUAAAAAUUUAGCUUAUGCGAUCAACAGGCUCGAGAACUUGUCUCCGGAAGUCAAAUUCAGCACGCCUUCCAUUAAGUCCCCUAAAGUCUGGUCUGCUAAUCCAGGCGGUAGCAUUCAUCUCGUGCUUGGCUUCUAAACAGGUUUUCUUGCCUAUCGACGGUAGUCCGUCUAAUAGAUAGUCCCCAGCUCUAGGUGGCGCCGCUUGUGGCUGUCACGAGGUGACUCGCACCUCCCCGGAGUGAGAGAAGGUUCGUUUCCGGGUUUCAGUGCCUUUCGUCUGGCCUGGGCUCCUGGUGCUGCAUUCACCGUUAGGAGUAUAAGAAUUAAGAACAGAAGCCUAGCUGCACUGGCAGCCGACCUUACGCGCACCAUCAGAAGUGCGGAACUGGCCGGCCUUUGUGGUGUCUCACCAUCAGAAGUGCGAACUACGAGGGCCGGGGCGUGCCGCCUAAAGUCCUAAAAAAGUCCCAUCGCACGAUAGAUAGAUAGAUAGAGUGCCGUGCGAUGCUUUUGCAGUGCAUAAAUGGGCCGGGAACUGCUCUACAUGGACGACAUCAGCAUUGAUGGGCACGUAUCCACUGCAAAUGUGUCUGGGUCUGGAAGGAUGCAAACUUGUGAUGCGGAUUCUGGAACAGGCAAGGAUCUGUAUUGCGUAGUCAGCAAAAAGCACUACCGGAUCUUUGUCCCCAGUAGAAAAGGGCAUUUGUCAUGCGAAAUAAGUACGCAUGGAGAAGAUAGAGUUUGUCAUGCUCUGUGUGCAUUCCAAACCUUUUUGUAGAUGUAAAAAAUGCAUGACAAAUGACUUCUUCCAGACCCAGACAUAUUUGCAUUCAAUAGCACGCACUGUACAUCUCCACUGCGCAUUUGGAAUCGCAGAAAGAUAGCGCGGCGGAACGGAAACGCCAGUUGGAGCAGAGUUUGGGGACAUUACGAACGUCGGUCGUUCCAGGCGAGAUGAAUAACGGAGCUAGCUGCUCGUCUGUCCCAUCAUCAAAUCCCGUUCUUUCCCUGUUCGGCGGGGAUUUGAAUUUGCGCGACGCCGAGGCGAAGGAGAUCCUAUCGAAGUUCAAUAAGCCCCCGGCUGCGAAAAAAAACGCAAGAGGUGGAACUGCUGCGGCUAGACCGACGUCGGCUUUACAACAACAGCAGUUACACCCUCCCGGCCCUCCUUUACUAGACGCGUGGGAAACGGCGCCGAACAAAAGUGAUGACAACAAAUUCACGUGGGAUUUGCAGCGGAACGAUAACGUGAAGAUGGCCAACGCAGCUUUUGUUCCGCGAUGCAGGUUCGACCGGGUUUACUACUGCUUUGGUAGGGAUCAUGCAGAUGCGGCUGCUGCGCCAAAAUUGACCAACUUUCAGCUUGUCGGGACCAAACGCAUCGACGGAAAUAAACGCUUCCCCAGUGACCAUUUUGGGUUGUUGAUGGAGUUUAAACUUCCCGCGACCGCGACGAGCGUUGAAGAAAUGCAGCAAAAAGCGUCAGUUGGUGUCCAUCAAAACCAGUCUGGCAUGAUUGGAGGACCUGGUUUUUACCCACAACAGCGCGAGGCCGUUCGUGCGAGGACGGAAAGAACCUCCGCCGCGUCGGUGCAUCGUUUGCCGGGAACUACAGCCGCCUUGGAUGGUUCUGGGCAGCGAAAGGUCGUUGUGGAGAAGAACCAACAUCAGCUGGAGCGAGUGGCAGUGGCAGUAGAGGAGCCUGUUGCAGCAGCAGCCCCAGACCCGGAUCUGGUCAACGCUUUCGUGGCUUGUUUGCGACGGAACGCGCCGGAGGCGGUGAGGGCGCAGAUGUCCACCUCGACCGCGGAACGAGCAACAGGAUCGUCGGCUUCUGGUGUUGGUUCUGGCGCAGCAGCAGCAGCAGCAAUGGGCGCGACCAGUUCGUCGUCUGCGGGUGGACCAGGUGCGACACUACUUAAGUACAUAAUGUUGUUUGUCAUGCAAAAAUACCAGACAACUCUUUGUCUUUUUCUCAUGCGUGUUUUGCAUUAUCAAGCAUCUUGUCAAAGCACCCACAAAUGAUCGUCCAAAUCUGUGAAAACAAAACAGUGACCAACAUCCCGAAAGCCGACCACGUGAACCGCCACAAGUCCCCAUUUCUUCAGCUGUCGGCGAAAAGGAAGAGGGACCGGGAAACGCAGGAUCAGGAAUUAGAAGAGUUGCAAGUCGCGAUUGCGAUCAGCCAGAGUUAUCAACAGCAAGAGCCCGCUGCGACUGCGAAUCCUGGCGGUGCGGCACCUCCUGAAAAAAGAGAAGUAAAACCCACAGCAGGUCUUCAGCCGGGUAAUGUUAAACCAAUUUCUGGUGAUAGAACAACUGCCACUACGAGUACCACAGCCGCAUCAAACCUACAAACAACCGUUGGCGCUAACGCCCCCGCAGGCGCGACCAACAACAACCCAGCUGCGAAAAAGCGACGGGAUAGCGACGACGCGAACAUCAUUGUCCUGAGCUCGGAUUCGGAGUGAGGUUAUUUCGCUUUUGGCCUUGCAGCAACGGGGAAGCAAGCAUGAACUAGAUGCACUUACGACCUGUGCUGAUGUGUCAGAACUUUUUCCGACGAUGCAAAAUUCGAUCGCGUUGAAAAAAAAACGACCUGAUGACGCCACGUGAAAGAACAUUACAAGUAGCAGUACGUCGACGUCUUGGCAAGAUGAAGUCUUUGUACGAACAUUUAUUGAAAACCAAAACUGGGAACGCAAGCAUACUGUAUCAUAAAGAUCUUUUUCCACCACUAACAUCGCC